UAACGUCUACCCGACCGGUUCCGGCCACGUCGGUCGCUCCACGAAAGCCUUCGGAAACAAACCAAUUAACAACAGCAAUUUUGAGGGGAAACUCUAAAGUAAAGGGAGGAGAUAAUCCACGGCAUCAGAUUAUUCUGCUCCUUGCCACAUGUGCACUGCUGGACAUAUCACGCCCCCACUACCACACACACACACACACAUACACGUCAACAGCCAUAUUGCCCCUCACAUUUCACAAGUGGCGGUCUUCUACAAAACUAGCCAGUGGCAGAGACAUUGCCGGGCUGCCUCCUGGCCGCUUCCUUGGAUUGCCAAGAAGCUCCUAAAAAAAGAAGAAGAAGAAGACGAAGAAGGAAACAAACCAGUGUCGUCUUCCUCCAUUUCUCGCAAAGUAAGGAACCAGCUGCUGCUAACAUCCAAUGGCUCUUCACCAAUUCCUGGCAUGCAUGCCAAGGCGCAAUGCACGAAGGUGUGGCUACAUACUGGUCAUCUGGUGUCUUCUCUGCUACCUCCUCAUCAGCUUUUCAACACAUAGUGAAUCAAUCUACGGCAACUCUCCCCAAGUGAUCCAGCAAGUCCUCGACCUAAGGUCACAAGAGAGUAAAAGUGUGAUGGGCUUCAACUUACUGAAGAGCAACCCUUCCAUCGACAGGUCACCAAAACUCUCCGAGCCAGAGAUGGCAGCCAAAAUACAGAAGAAAGAACCCAAUCUGCCGAUAGAAUUCUGGCAGAAAUCCAAACAUAAACAGUUAUCCAUGAACAGCUCAUGUGCAAAGAUGCCAUCUCUCUAUGACAUACAUUUCAACAACAAAUACUGGCAAUCACUGGAAACAAGCAAUGGAAGUUUUUAUUUGUUCGCUGCAUAUUACGACAACAGAACACUGGCAGAGAGGAGGCCCUUGAUCCGCAUAUUGGGAAUGAUAGAUAAACUUGACCCAACAGUUAAACCCUACUGCCAAAUGUGGUUUGAUGGCAUGAAUAAACCAGUUUUUUCUCAAGUUUGGCAGUACAAGUGGAUAUGGGUUAAAGAAUGGGGUAAUUACAGAAAUGGAGUAUUGCAGCCUUAUUUGAUGUCUUGUCAAGUGCCUUCACAAUACCAAAAUCUUGUGCCCGAGUCAGUCUCUCUAGCUGAGAAGCCAUGUGACAUGGCAACCACACACUUGAGGGUUAUCAAUGAUCGUCCUCCAUCAGGAGAGAAAGAAGACUUUGCUGUUUGUGUCAAGGGUAUCAACUACCCAUUUAAUGAUCUCAGCGUUAGGUUGACAGAGUGGCUUGAGCUCUUAUUUCUUCUGGGAGCAAACAAAGUCUUCAUGUACGACAUGGAGGUACAUCCAAACAUUUCCAAAAUUCUCAGUUACUACCAGGAUAAAGGGCAGAUUGGCAUCACAAAACUGACACUUCCUGGAUGGCAGCCUAAUGUUCGUGGUUUCUCGUAUAUGUACCUUAAGGCUAAACUUGUCCAUAAGCGGCAGAAUGAAGUCAUUCCAUACAAUGACUGCUUCUACAAAAACAUGUAUAAAUAUAAGUACAUCGCUCUUCUCGAUAUCGAUGAAGUUAUCAUGCCUAGGAAUUCUUCAUCAUGGAAAGAACUUCUGGAGAUUGUCAAGCAAAAUGAUCAGGGAAAAAAUAGAAACAUGCGUUCUUCGUAUGUUGCACAGAAUAUUUAUUUCAUGGAUAGUAUGCACAAGCCGGAGGAACCAGAUGUAACUGAUGUACCAAGCUAUAUGCACAUGCUGAAGAACGUCUAUCGCUCUGGCAACUACACCCUACCAGGGGCCUACGUGAAAUGUUUCCAUGACACAGAGAGAAUUCUGACCCUUCACAAUCACUUUCCUUUCUCUUGCAUCGGACCACAAUGUUCUGCCUAUCCCAUGAAUACACAUGACGCUCAUCUGCAGCAUUACCGUUCUGACUGCGUUGGUGAACUGAAAAAAGUCUGUGGUGUGAGAUAUAAAAGUCAUCCCACUAAAGAUCCUUCAAUUCUGAAGUACAAACAGGCAUUAGUUUCGCGUGUUGCAGACACCCUGAAACGCCUAGACUUCUUUAAAAAUGAAACUGUGAUAAAAUCCGAUAAUACAUCAAUUUCGAGAUGAAAACACAAUCCUGCGUCAAGCACUGAGAUGAAUGAUAGUGACUACAAUGUGUGUGCCAUCCAAAUUCUAUGUUGGAGUGAUACUUGGAAGUAAUUCAACAGUGUAUUUGAAUGUCUGAAAGAUUGAUGGUACAGCACAUUAGGUCUAACUUUAAACAUCGUGCGACUUUUUUAGAAACUCCUUUCACUCCAUGAAAAAAGACCUAGCAGAGCUUGCAACAAAGCCUUACAUGUCUCGUGGUAUGGAGCAUAAACAGUCAAUUGAGAACUUAUUGUUGAUUAGUGAACGAGGGAGUUUUGCUGUGGUAACAUAAUCCAAUAACAUUUCAUUACUCGCAUUAUGCCAAAUUUUAGCGAUAUCUGUAAAUAUAUUGAUUCUAGGUUCAUUUGCUCCACUAAUACCAUGUAAUUUUCUUUUAAAUAACAAUGGGACAAACUCUGUGAAACAUGUUGCGAUGAUACCGUAAGGUCAUGAAACUUGCCACAGCUAUAGACAUUUUCAUCUUGCACUAGAAAGUUUGAAAUGGAAAAACUGUGAAGUAAUGGAAAUAGGUAAAUAACAUAAAAGUUUCAUAUAACUUAAAAGCUUAUGAGGAAAUUUUAUGAAAUGCUUUGCAAUGUAAUAUAAUAAAAUUAAUUUGAAGGAAAGACCAUACAAAUUAUCAAGGCAUAACACAGAGCAGAGUUGAAGUUACGACCAAAAUGACUGAGAUAAGUUAACAAUUUAGGCAACAGAGGUAAGUCAAACACACACACACACAAAACAAAUUAAGAACCACAUGAUCAAUUUACCAGAAUCUCAACGUGGAGCUGUUUAAAUAUACUUUAAUUAUAUCACAUACAGAUGGGAAGCUGGUUACUUUUGCCACACUCGCAUGUCCAUAAAAUAAAUUUCAUAACGAAAUACAUUGCAGGUUCUUACAUAGCAUUUCAAUGUUAAGGGCAAUUAAGAAAUACAGAGACCCUGCCUACAUAGUAAUACAGGUUCCAACAAAUGUAUUUCAGAACGCAUGACGUGUGUGAAUUACAGCCAGUCCCCGGGUUACAGUGGGGUUUCCGUUCCCGGCGCUGUGCUGUAACCCAAAAAACGCUGUAAAUCAAGCACUGUAAAGUCAGAUCGCCAUAACCCGAGACCGCCGUAACCUGGAACUGUCUGUAUUUGAGGAUUAGAUGCGUUUUUCAAAUUACACAGCUAAGGAUGAGUAACGUUGGUGAGGAACAAAGUCAGAGUACUAGAAAAAGUUUAAUUCUGAAAAGAGACAGAACAAGAAAAACCGUUCAGUGUCGAAGGGAUAAGCACGCAGACAUUAAAAAAUUAACAGAGACGAUGACAAAGAAAUAUAAAUUUUCAAGUCCUUAAAGUUUAGAAUAAUGUUUUACGAAAGGGGUGGUUUGACAAGAAUUAAUAGACAAAGUCUGGAAAAGGGUAGUGAGGCUAUUUGAUCUGGGUAAAAGGGUUAAAAGGGUAAAAACACUUAUACUGAUUACAUUGUCAAGAAUAAUAAGAAUGUUUAUUUACAAACUCAAGGAAAAAGGCAAGGAAAGAGAAUGUUUGAUUACAAAGUCAACUACGGCAACAAUGACCGUUUAGUUCCAAAGUUAUCAUAGGCAAGACACAAUAAUUCCUUCAAAAAAGUCAGGAAGAUUAAUCAACGUGUAACAGGUAGGUUACAACUUAGAAGUAGUCCAAUGGCGAGUCAACACUAGCAUAUAACAUUUCUGAAUACACUCAUUGGAAAUGUAUCACACGCACACAUCACCAAUAGGCAGAAAACAAUCUAACACUAACUGGUAAUCCUAGCUAGUAGUGCUUCAUACAAUUCAAGAGCAUUUGCGAAAGAUUCGUUCUCCACUCAGGGUAACUGACUUAUUUUCAAACUCUUUGUGAGAAAUAGUCCCACUGAUAUGAGGGGGUAUACACACUUUCCAUGUCAUUCAUCCAGAAGUUUUCUUCAAUGACUUUAUUUAUUCGCGUUUCAACAUCCCUCUUUCCUUGCCCUACUGAGUAUCUUUAAUAAUCAAACUAGACCCCAGAGUAAAUCUCAACUGGGGUUACUCCAGCUCUGUCGAAAGGCUACCACCUACUACUUACUUUGGGCACUGUUCUCAAGAGCUUAUUAGAUGGAAUUCCCAGUUGCCCUCUGUAUCAUUUAAAUAAUUAACCAGCUGGUUUUUGAUAGCCAGGUCUCAUUACCAAUUAAAAGUAAUGCCAAUCAUGGCCACUCCUAGUUGGUACUUCUGCAAUCAGAAUCGGACUUCAAAUACUUUGAAAAAGUUCCUACAAAAGUCAACUGAAAUAACUGAUACUGCAUAACAGACACUUCAAACCCAACAAAGUCUCUUGGAUAAAAGCUGAACGUUAUCAAUAAGGUUCUAACUUUGAUCACACUCCUCUUGAAGAUGCCUUAGAAGUAUUAAUGACAAAAAUGGUCAAGAAUGAAAUCAGUGUUUCAUUUUUUUUUCCAUAUGGUACAUCUGCACAAUGAAGCCGUGCAACACUAGGCUAGUAAAAUGUAACUGCCACACUAUGCACCACAAAUAUACCUUGUAUUCUGAAAGUUAUCAUAAAGAAAGUGGAACACAGCUAGACAAUACAGUGAUGUUACUACUAAAAGGAGGCCCCACCAGGUGAAAGAAUUCCCAAAAGAUGGUUCUGUCUGUCCGUUGAUGACAUUCUUGAAAUUCAAAGAUAAUCUUCACAUAUUUUUCUUUUCGUUUUAGCAGCGUCUUCUUACUGCAAUUUCUUAUUACCUCCAGGAUAAAGCGAAAAAUCACCUUCUAGACAACUGUGAAUAAUAAAGUCCAUACGAUUC